AUGAGGUUAGUUUUUGUUGUAGCCCUUAAAGUUUCAUCCAGUGUGGAAGGUAGGUCUCAAACUCCUACCAUUAACACACCCCUUACCCCAAGUGAGACUCCUCCUGAUGAUCCACAACCAGUAGACGGAGAAUCACCUAAUGUCCUACUCCCCCCACUCCCCCCACUUCUUCCUAAGAGAUAA